UAACUCUUAACUAACUGCAAAAACUGAAAUAAAACUCCAGAUUUCGCCAUGUUUAGUGAGGGCAAGACCAGGCAGUAACCAUAGAGCACAGCAUAGAACGUCGCCUCCUGCCGGCAGACUCUAUGAUUUUCGGAGGACUCGCCCUUGAUUUUUUUGUUUGUAGUCGACGCUCUUUCCGCCUUGGAGGAUUUCUCUCUAUGGUGAUCCCCGGCUGGACCCGGAGAUGCAGCUGACGGUGAAGGCGUUAAAGGGGAAAGAGACCAGUAUCCAGGUAACGGUGGGCCUGCUCUGUACUGACUGGGUGUACUGGGCUGACACCCGGGCUUUAUACAGGCUGCAGCAUCAAUGGGAGUAACAGAGCAUUGUGGGUAAAUAACCAGCCAUGGGUACAACCUGGGGUGGGUGGCUGUAAUCAAAUCACAAUCCCAAAGCAUCAUGGGAAUUGUAGUUCUACUACAGCUGGGGAUCUUGGCCACCCCUGAUCUACAUACCAUGGUGUCCUGUGUGCACAGAAAGCUAUGCAGAAAUCAUUGGGCUCAGAGCAAAGACAUCUCUUGGCCUAUUCCUAUAAAGCACUAACAUGUGGUAUGUUGCAUGUUGCAUGUAUCAGGUAUCAGGUAUGUUGCAUGUAUCUGGUAUGUUGCAUGUAUCAGGUAUGUUGCAUUAUGACACUUAAUGUCUCCCCCCUACCUCAUUCCCAGGCCUGUCUCCCUUACCCUGGGAAUUGGCUUUAGUGAAAUUACAUACCACCCAACAGUUUAAAUGGACAAAGAGGGGAUACAUUCAAUUUAGGGGUGUGAGGUGGGGAUGUGGCGGGGAGCAGAUUCAUUCUGAGACAUUUUAGGUGACAUACUAAUAACCAUUGUUUUGCAGCUACAAUUUUAUUUAGCACAAGAACAAUGUAUCUUAAAGAAACAAACAUUACUGAGAGAAUUCUUGCUAAGAGGGACAUUAGGAUAGAAAUGAGGGACAGAAGGAUUUUGACUCAAAAUAGGGAAAGUCCCUCUUAAAUAGGGACACAUGGGAGGUAUGGAGUUAAAGUUGACAGAUUCACCAUGAUUAUUCCGCUUACAUCACUACCUCCUGUUGUGUGGUUCAUAAAAAGUUCUGCCCUGUAGUAUGUAGUAGUCAUGCUGCAGAAUAUAAAUCCAUUGAAUAUUCAAGGUAAUUGGUUUUGGCAGUUUGUUUACCUCCUGAAAUGGAUACUGUACUGUAGUGCCAGGAAUGCAAAGCUGUAUUCUUGGCACUAUCACUCCCUCUGCUUAGCUGCCCCCUGGCAACCCCCACCACCCCAGGUGAAUAAAGGGUUAAAAACCCUUUUACUUACCUGAUCCCAGCGCCGAUGCUCCACCCCCUUUCAAAGUCCCGAGGCGAAUGGGCGCUCAUGCGCGGCAAAUGCCGUGUGCUCAUUUGACCUCCCCAUAGGAAAGCAUUGAAUCAAAGCUUCACUAUGGGGAAAUAGUCUGAUGCUGGAUGUCCUCAUGCACACCGUGAGGACGUCCAGUGUCUGAUACUGGACCAAAGGACUUAUACAGGCGGUAACAUCAAUGUCAGUAACAGAGCAUUAGUGCUGCAAUCUAUUUAUUGUAGUUUCUCUGGAACUGCAGUGUUUUACAUUGCAUCACUACGUGCAAAAGGGGCACUGCACCCAGUCUAAGUAUGAGUGCUACAUAUUGUCAGGCAGCAUUCUUCAUGCACUGACCAUAAAUAUGAUGUAGACAUGGUGUGCCCAGGAAAACAUGGUGGAUCUGGCAGUUCUGAGUAUAGCUGAUCUAUUAAAAUGAAAAGCUAUGUUCUAUGGGUUUCCAAUAUGACAGUGUGUUAUAAUUAGCAAUAAUAAAAGUUAAUGAUUUUUUUGUGUGACGUAUAUGUUUAUAGCUUUAAAGGUACUCUAAGGAUAUAUUUGGGGAUACAUUGUCAGGUAUUAUGUAGAGUUUUGUGACAAAAUUAUAAACGCAACGCUUUUGUUUUCCCCCCUCUCCCCCCAUUUUUCAUGAGCUGAACUCAAAGAUCUAAGACUUUUUUUCUGUGUACAGAAAAGGCCUAUUUGGGAACAAUAUUUGAGAGAAAUAGGCCUUUUGUGUACAUAGAAAAAGUCUUAGAUCUUUGAGUUCAGCUCAUGAAAAAUGAAAGCAAAAACAAGUGUUGCGUUUAUAAUUUUGUUCAGUUUAUAUACAUAAGAAAAGAAGGGACUGUUUUUAUUUUUUCUGGUGUUUUUUUUUUUUUUUGGCAGUGAGAUUAAACAAGGUUCUAUUUCCUAUUAAUUUACCCAUAAUAUAUACCAAAAGAAAAAGGGUGUAGAUACACAUUAAUUGUCAAGUACAUACAAAGUAAUGUGCAAGUUGCACAUUGGCCACAGUGGCUCAAACAGGCUCUGGUCAGUUCGCCAACCUCUGAUGGGUGUUUCACAAGGACCCUCCAUCACAAUCUUUCCCCAUCUAUUUCACCUUGUGCCCAUUCUUAUUCCACUAAAACAGUAUAUUAUAAACUUCUUGUGAUAAUGUGCAUACAGUCCGUAAAAUUCAGUUUUGUUUUUUAUUUUUGACGGUUAUUGUUAACGAACAGCUUAUCUUUCAUCCUCUGGGUUGUCUUUAUAAAUACCCUAUCAUGCCAAAAUUGUACAGGUUCAUGUGCAACACAAGCAAAUAUAUUCUGUAAUGACUUUCCUGCUAGUUUGUACCUUGUCUUCCUCUCGUUGCUAAAUUAUACCACAUCAUUCUCUAUCACUAGCUUCUACCCUGUCCCCCUCUCAGUGCUACAUUAUACCCCUUUCUUCUAUCCCUGUCAAACUCUAGCAUGUCUUUGUCUCUCUGCUAUAUUGUAGCCUCUCCUCCUCUUCCAGCUAGAUUAUACCCUGUUCUCCUCUACAUGCCUAAUCCUGUCGUCCAAGCUGUGCUUGAUUUUAUCUCGUUGUCCUGUCCUAGAUAGACUCUAGCCCGACCUCCUCUCUGCACUCUGUUCUAAUCCUGCAGUUUAGUCUAGGUUUGAUACCAGCCUGUCUUCCUCUCUUUUCUCAACACUAGACGCUAGCCAUGUCUCUAAAACACUACAAUUGCAUUCUGCUCUCUUUACUUCAGUAGGUGACUUUAAUAAAAAGGCCUGAUGAGUUAAACCUGUAUAAAGAAUACAGAUUGGGGGAUGUCACUUCCUAAAUACUGCAUUUGUAGGAAAGCAUCGGGUCCCUGUAUUAAAUCGGCUGGUUAAUUGUUUGUGACGUAAAGGGUUACUCCAAGCACCAUGACAACUUCACUAAUUUAAUGUGGUCAUCGUGCCUAGAGCGUUUAAGCACUUAUCUUUGAAACACUGCAUAUACAGAGACUAACCCCUUUGCUGCCAAAGGUGUAACUCCGGCAGUGAAUGUCACUUCUGUGCAAAAUUGGCGUCUGACGCCAGGCAGUACACGGAGGCAGGCCGCCCUGUCUGUGCCACCCGUGUCCUCAAUAUGUCCUCCCUGGCGUUGGCCAAGGAGGAUCAGGCUGAGGGUAAAACGUUGACUUUUAGCAUUUCCUUUCCUUUUUUGGUGAUUGGGCGGACCACCUCAGAAAGGGUUGCUCUAACCAAAAUUAGUGUUUCUUAAAAACACUGGUUUUGGGCUGGUGUAACCCUUUGAUAGUAGAACUAAGUUUACCACAAUGCAGUAUAGAUUGCCCUGUGUCCAUUAGAUUAUGACAAAAGAAGGGACAUAGAGAAUGGUGGUAGAUGUGUAAGAUGAUUAAUUCUACUUUAAGGCGCUAACUACUAUUAAUGUAUUAACUGAGUGCAAGUGCUAGGACCCUAGUUUGCUGUAGUCCUAUAGCACAUUAGGUAGCUACGUUGGAGCAGCUGGGCUUAGUUUUGUCUACUCGUGACACAGGCAAUGCAGUUAACCAUGAUUAGAACUUGUUGUAACGAUGUUGUCUAUUACUUUGUUAGGUCUCUGAGAGUGAUACAGUUCUUGCGGUGAAAAGGCUGGUGGAAGAGAAACUGCAGGUGCCAGCGGCACAACAGAGAUUGCUGUACAGGGGCAAAGCCCUAUCAGGUACUAAACUAGAUUUCCAUAGAACCCAAUGAUUCUCAAUCUCCUAAUGAAUGUGCGGCACUGAAAAAGUUUUUUAUAAAAUCCAUGACAGAUGCACUAGCCAUGCUCAUAGGGACAUAUUUUGGUCCCUUUAAAAGGCCAGUUUGGGCACCAUAACAAUUUAAAUCAAAAUUGAGUUGUUCUAGUACCAGAAAGUCCCUGGCCCUGGCUCACUUUUAGAGGUUAAACAGUUUAUGGAAAAAGGUCUCUGUUUCAGCACCAGUCAAUUUUCCCCCUUGUCCUUUCACUAUUUGAAAUCUUAGAUAAAGAAAGGCUUGGACAAGGGCGCAACUAAUGCUGUAAAUAAAUCGGUAGCUCACCAUUCAUAUAAUAGGAACAUAUCAUAUCAAGGCUAUUCCAUGCAUCCACUACCCUCUCAGUAAAGUAAUAUCAGGAAGUAUUACUUUACUGAGAGGGUAGUGGAUGCAUAGAAUAGCCUUCCAGCUGAACUGGUAGAGGUUAACACAGUAAAGGAGUUUAAGCAUGCGUGGGAUAGGCAUAAGGCUAUCCUAACUAUAAGAUAAGACUAGGGACUAAUGAAAGUAUUUCGAAAAUUGGGCAGACUAGAUGGGCCGAAUGGUUCUUAUCUGCCGUCACAUUCUAUGUUUCUAUAUAAUUUUUUUAUGAAUGUGCCCCACUGAUUGGCUGACAGUGUCAGUUGACUGAUAUAAACUAAUCAGCGAAGCCGCUGUCUUCCAUUAUCUCAAUUUUCAGAGAGCGGAAGUACAGGUGGGGCAGAGCAGUCGGAUCUAGAACACAGACUUUGGGGUUAAAUUGUUAGUGAACAACUUAACUUCUAAAGGUGAGGUUUCGCCUAGGACCUCCUGGCACCAUAACAACUUCAUUUCAAUAAAAUUGUUAUGAUAAAUGUAUCAGGCAUUCUAGUGGUGUAACAUUGAUUGGUUUGGCAAUUUGCUCGUGACACAUAAGUAGAACUUCUGCUGGGGGUUACCACAGUUACAUGUUCUGUGAUCAAUUCUAAAGGUAAGUUAGGUAUCAAUAUUUGAUCAGAAACACAACUGUGUAAAUUGCGUAAAGUAAAUCUGACUUUAUGCACGGUUUCAAUGAAUUAUUACCUUUUUCUAGAAGUUAACCUGGUGAACUGGUUGUCCUGUAUUUACACUAUGUAUCCUCUACAGAUGAGCAUAGUCUCUCCUAUUAUUCCAUUGGACCUGGUUCCAGGCUGAACCUCAUGGUGAAGGAACGGGUGAAUCAGGAGGUCGGCGGCAACGCUGUGUGGAAAGCUCUGGCCGUCAUCCUGGAGAAGCACUUUACCCCGUCCGAUGCUGAGAGAGUUCUGGAGUAUGUUCAGAAGGUAAACUUGAAACUGACUUCUUUCAUCAUUAAUCCCUUUUACUGUCUUGUUGUAGUCUUAGAAGAUACAGAUUUUCUAGAUCACUUGCAAAUCCUUGUGUGAGGUGAAAAGAACACUAUAAGGUUUAGGAACACAAACAUGUAUUCCUGACACUAUAGUGUUAAAACAACUAUCUGGCACUCCCUUGCCCCCUAAAUAUAGUUAAAUCUUUGAUUCCCGUUUGCUGCUGGCUCUGCCCCUGAUCUACCUGCUUGGCUGACAUCAUCAGAAGUGUUGAACAAAAGCCAAUCACAAUGCUUUCCCAUAGGAUUGGCUAAGACUGUCAAAGAGGCAGAUCAGGGACAGAGCCAGAACAAGUCAAACACAGCCCUGGCCAAUCAGCAUCUCCUCAUAGAGAAGAAUUGAAUCAAUGCAUCUCUAUGAAGAAAGUUCAGUGUCUCCAUGCAGAGGGUGGAGACACUGAAUGGCAGUACUGCAUGCACACUGUGCAGCACUGCUCCAGGAAGUACCUCUAGUAGCUGUGGCUAGUGGAAUUAUCCCUAGGCUGUAAUGUAAACACUGCUUUUUUUUUUUCUGAAAAGACAGUGCUUACUGCAAAAAAACAAUAUAGUGCACAGGCUGCAGGAAAACAUGGUAUUUGCACCAUAACUCCUCUAGUAAGAUGGUGAUUAAUUAUGAUUUAAUAAACCUUUUUUUUUUUAAAAAAACAAACAUUUUUUAAAUAGCCUACUUACCUUUGUAAUUUUGCAAUAAAUAUCAGCUCAAAUUGCCACAACUUGAUAUCUACGGAGUGAAAUCCAUUAUGUGUUGCUGGCCCUGGGUUUUGGCUAAAUGCAGAAUUGUAACAAAUUGAAAUCUGAAUAAAAUUCCCAAUGCCAGUUUAGCUAUUUGAGCUUAAUCAUUUCCUGCAGUCUUUUUUGCAGUCAACACUGUCUUUUCAUAGAAAAGGCAGAUUUUACAUUACAGCCUAGGAACACUUCAAGUGGCUAUUCCUCAGAUGGCUACCAGAGGUGCUUCCUGGGGCAGCACUGACGUUCAGUGUCUCCACCCUCUGCAUAGAGACGCUGAACUUUCCUCAUAGAGCUGCAUUGAUUAAAUUGAUCUUUAUGUGGUGAUGUUAAUUAGCCAGGGCGUGGUUUGGCUUCCUAUGGGAAAACAUUGUGGUUGGCUGAGAUCAUCACUUCUGAUGUCCACCAAGGAGGUAGAUCAGGGCAGAGCCAGUGCUAGCAGACUGUUUUAAAGCUAAUAUUUUACUAUAUUUACAAGGGGAGGGGAGCAGAUAGUGUUUUUAACAAUAUAGGGUCAGGAAUACACAUUUGUGUUCCUGAUCCUAUAGUGUUCCUUUAAGAUUCCACAGAGUCCUGGACAAGUUACCAGUUUGGGCUCUUCCCCUUCUUUCUUCAUAUAGUAAUGGUUAAUGGCACUAAUCAAAUUCAUUGUUCCAGGGUCCCUGUUUAACUCCUGGGCCUUAGGCGAGUGCCUAGGGUCCCUUUAUGUUUAAUUCUGCUCUGAAUAUUGCCAUUCAGAUUUAAAUGCAAUACUGUUUAGAGUUUUGUUAAUAACCCUGCCUGUCUCUCACACAUAUCAAAUCUCUGUUUCUCUCUCCCAUACAGGACUAUGAGCGCAGUUUAUCCCUGCUCAGUCUAGAUGACAUAGAAAGGCUGGCUACACGCAUCCUUCACCCACAGCUUCCAGAAACCAUAGAGCUUGGAUUUCUAGACUGAAACAAUUUGGUUCUUCUCUUCAUCCUGCACUUGUUUCCGUUCAAUGUACAGAGCCACUGAUUGACACUCAGAGUAAUAAAAUACAAAAGAGACAAUGAGCGGUGUUCAUUAUUUUAUUUCUUUUAGCAGAAUAUUCAAUUAUGCUGACACUUCAACUCUUCACACCAAAAAAAAAAAAAAAAAGAGGAUCUGGGUUAUCAUUGAUUAAUUGCAUGUCCCCUCUAAUAGAAAAAUAUAUCCAUGUUCCUGAACAUAUAUAGUGCAUAGAUGAAUACUCUGUAAUAAAUUAAGUGCAUUUAUUUUUUUUGUAAUAUUAAGUUAUUUAAAAAAUAUGGCACAAGACAUCCUGCCAAGAACGAACGGAUACAUAUGUAAUCAUAAAAUUCUACUGUAUAUUCUAUACAAUGUUAUAUACAUGUAAACACAAUUCAUAUAAAUGUGUGCAUAAGAUAUAAAUAUGUGUAAGGCAGCAAGUCGUAUAAAAUAUAAGUAGUAUUUUGUGUUAUGGGGCCAUCCCCCCUCCACAAAAAACAAACCUUUUUUUAAAGUAAAAAAUUAAAAAUUCUCUGUACCGGUUACAAAACAAGUACUGAAGGUGGAUUACUGGAAGGGGAUUGGAAACAUUCUCAUAAAUAUGUAAAUGUAACAAAACACUUGAAUUGUUAUAAAUCUCUUAAAUAUAAUCAUUUAUAAAACACUACAAUUUUAAGACAUCAUGUAAUUUAUUUUUUUGGUUGUGUCACAUUUUAGUAUAUGUGUUACAAGACAGGGUGUGGGGAUAUUGACGACCUACCGGUAUUUACUACAAAGUGACUUAUUAGUCUUAAGACAACAGCAGUUUCGCUGUGGUUGAAUCAGAUAAUUUUAUGAAAUAUUUUUUUUUUUUUGUAUGCGGAUUCCUGAAAACAUUUGUAACUGAAAUGGCAAGUCAAAGUGUUGUAAGCCAGAGUUGGACAAUAUUUCCAAUACAUUUGGUUAAAAAAAAAAGUGUUCGUAAUUUUUUUUUUAUUCCGUAGAGUUUAGUAUUUUGUGAAUAAACACCAUAAAGUGCGUUGCACAUAACCACACUGGGUAUAUUGCAAGUUUCCCUGGCAGGGCGGAAAUUUCAAACUAAACCUAUUCCUCUAUCCUAGCAUCAUGUGCAUGACAGGAAUCCAUUAAAGAACAAGUUAAAUUAUAGACUUGUGCACAAAUCCAUUUCAGCUGUGACGAAUGCAUCGGGUUCUUUUUAUCUAAUCCCGAACGAAUCUAUACAUCUGGGAUUUACUUGUGGACCAUUAUAAGACUCCACAGGUAAAUCCCGGACGGAUCAAUUUGUUCAGGUGUAGAUUUGAUAUAUUCAACACAGCUGAAAUGGGUUUGUGCAUCCAAAAAACCACAAACGGGAAAAAGAUAUUGCUGGUGUGCUAAAGGAACAUACCAAGCAUCACAACCAUUACAGCACCCUGUAGUGGUUAUGGUGACAGGCCCCAACCUAUUUAUGAAGUCAAACUGUUCUAGAAAGGAUUGGCUUCUUAACUGGGAUCCCCUCCAUGAUAGCUUGAAGCUAUAUCCGCUCCAACUUGGCUCAGAGAGAUCAGCUUACACUCUCCGCUAAUGAGCUGUACGUGCACUGCAGGGCUUAGCGCAGGAGAGCGAAUGACAGGUUGUAGCAGGGGCUUCCAGCUUUUGAGAAAGCAUGAAGCCGCACCUGGUGAACCCCAGGUGUAAGUCAAACUGUUCUUAAACAGUUUGACCACUUUUAAGUGGAUGGGCUCCUGGCACCAUAAGCACUACAGCAUGUUUUGCUUGGUGUGUACUUUAUUUCAGUGUUAUUGAUGUGGCCGAGGAGGAGGUUGUUGCUAUAGGAUGCUUUGAUUUUUGUCAACCAGCCUCUAAUGCACAGAUCAAAUGUUAUUUCCUAUUACAAAUCCAUAUAUUUUCACACAUUUGUGGAUGACAUGUCCGCUUACAAAAAUCUGUUCAAUUAUUUAUUAAAUACGUUUUUCUAAAGUUUUCUUGCCACUUUAGAAUUAUACUAACUGUAAAAAAUGCACAGUUUACAGUUAAAUUAGUUGCAAUAAUCCAAUACAUAUUGGCAAAGGUACAUUACAAACAGCAGCCAUAUUCAUUUCUAGCAAACCUUACAAAAGGUCGUUUUUUCCGGGCAUAUUUAGUAAUGUGAUCUACUAAAUGUACAACAUUCAAGACACUCACUGUAACUGUUUAUCCAACAAAAAAUAAAUCCAGGUCAUCUAGUAAAAAGAUGUUUGUUCUUAAUUGUGAUUUACCUCUUAAAAGACAGCAAUGGCACACAUCCCAAUACCUGCUGAUAACAGACUGAAUAUAUUAUAAGAAAAACAUAUGUCUCUAUGAAAAUACCUUCAAUGUAAAUUAGACCGUGAUUUCCGUAUUGUGUUACAUUUUCUUCGGUUCCUGUGUGCUCUCCAGGCCCUCUGAAUUACUGUUGCGGCAUGGUAUUUGAGAUGGAAUAACUGUUUUCUGGCCUUUUCUCUCUCCACCAGGAGUAAUCGUGCCUGUAAGGGAAUGAAUUCUAUGUCUAAAUGUUGCCAGUUGAUCGUACAGUUUUCUCCAAGCGUAUUCUCUCUAGAUAAUGGAAUAAUUUGGGCUCUUUUGAAACCUGCAUCAUAAGAUGAUGAAUUCCCUUCAUAUUUUUUACAUGCAGUAGCAUGUUUGUUCUGAUUGGGUACUGAGCACCUCACAGCAGAUGCGCACCAAUGAGCUUUUCUCGUUGUCUUUCGUUCCUUGUUUUGGCCAGGUUUCCCAGUUACAGGACGCUGUUUGUUUUGGGAAGAUCUUGGUUUCCUAGGUUGGCCGCUUUGACUAUCCACUGUCUCCCUACCCUUCAGAUAAUUGUUAUGGUCCAACAUUCUAUCAAUCACACUGUCAGACCCGUGUUUCAGUCUCCUAGAUGAAUGCCUAUGUUCAACGUCCAAAAGGCUGCAGAUUUCCAAUUUUUGGAUGAGGUCUUCAGUUCCUCUUUUAUUACUGUGACCUUUGGUAUUUUUUGUUACCUUUUGAAUAUUUGCUUUGCCUUCAUAAAUGGAAGUAUCUGAAGCAUUACAUUCUUGGAUGUCAAGUUCAUGAUUUUCAGUAUCUUGAUGGUUGCACUCUCUCUUUGGACUAAAAGCACUUGAAGUUCCCUUCUUGACUCGGUGAGAUCUCUUAACAGUCUCAUUAAGUUCAUAAUCCCCUGAACCUUGCAUCACAUCUAAGAUUUCUUUUGUAUGUCUAGAAAUCUUCUUAUUUUCAUUUGGACUUUGGUUAGGGCCAUUUUCAUUGUAUUGCUUCUCAGAAUGUUCACUUGCAGAUGCUGAAAUUUGGGCAAUACUUCUUAAAUUAGCUACCUCUGGACUCAUAUUAGGUUCCUUGUGUCUUGGUGAGGUUUCUUUCCUAGGGACCUGCUGAGCAGUCCUGUUUGGGGCCUGAUGCUCACUUUCUCCUUCCUUCGGUUCAUAUGACACCUGCGUAAGUUGUUCACUCUGUCUUUUUUCUGUCCACUGAUCCUGGGAUUGUUCUUGCUUUACACUGAAAAAGUAUUCAUCUAUAUGACUGUCUUCUUUCUUCUCCUGUCCCAUUAGCAACACUUUUGUUUUCCUCUUGUUUUCGCCCUCCCUCUUUUUUGCAGCAGCUCCUUUCCUCAACUGCUCAUGUUUCAUUAAUAGGUUCUUCCUCUCACGGAAGGCUCUCCGUACUUUGUGACCUUUGUAUACAGCUUGGAUUUUGGAGGCUGCAAUAUCCUGGAUAGCAGCAAUAGACAACGCACCAUGUUCCAGCAUGAAUUGUAUAACCUCCUGGUGACCACCAAGCAGAGCAUAGUCUAAUGGUGUGUAUCUCUCUUCCGUGUUUUCCAUUUGAUUAGGAAAGGCAUCAUAUUUAAGAAGAAGUUUUACAGCAUCCAGGUAACCAUUAUUACAGGACCAAUGCAAAGCAGUUCGUCCAUUCUUAUCUUGGAUAUUAGGAUCUGCUUUGUUCUCAAUUAGUACUUCCAUACAACCAAUAUAGCCUCCGUAAGCUGAACAGUGUAGGGGGGUUCUGCCUUCAUAAUCUUGUGCAUUAGGAUUAAUGUUGUUUUCUAUAAGUAUCUGACAGACGUUGGCAUUGCCCCCUAAUGCAGCUGAGUGGAGAGGAGAACGUCCAUCUUUGUCCACCAACUGCACUUUAGCACCUCCUUUAAUGAGUGUACGAAUAACUUCGCGGUGCCCCAUCUCGCAAGCUCUAAACAAUGGUGUAUGCUUCAUUACGUCACAUGCAUCUACUUGGGCACCAUUUUCUAAAAGAAUCCGUACUGUGCUUAUUUGUCCUGAGAGAGAAGCUGCAUGGAGUGCUGUUCCACCAUAUUUAUCAGUUCUGUUGACUUCUAAGUUGGAGUCUAACUCAAGCAUAGCUUUUAUUGCUUCAUCGCUGCCUUUUCCCGCUGCCCACAUAAAUGCAGUUCUUCCUUCCAAAUCGGCUUCAUCUCUCACCGACGAGUGAGACAGCAGUACUCGUACAGUGUCCGGGCAAUUUCCUUGGGCUGCAUAAUGCAGUGGAGUAGCUCCUUGACUAUCUGAAAGUAUAUUGGGGGAAUGAUUUCUUUGAAGAAGCUGUUGUGCAAUAGAAGUGUGACCCAACAGUGCAGCCCAGUGUAAUGGAGUACGGAACAGGUUGUCAUAUGGGGCCCCAUUGCAACCGCGGUAUGACAUCAAAAGCCGCACUACUUCUUGGUUACCAUCACCAACAGCAAGAUGCAGCGGGGUGCGUCCUUCGUAAUCCUGCCAAUUGAGGAGGGAUUCAGUAGGAGCUGCUUCUAGCAAACAACGCACUGUCCAUGCUGCCUCUGGAUCUUUGUGACCUGCAGCCCAGUGUAGGGGUAUUUUCCCUUCCUGAUCAGGGAUACCAAUGUUGGACCCAUGCCGCACCAACAGUCUGACAUGGCGCGGCCUGUUGUAAUAUGCACUCCAAUGAAGUGCUGUUUGCUUGCGCUGAUCCUGAGCAUCCACCUGACCCGGCGGUGUGUUUUUGAGGAGUAGAGCCAGGCAGCGAGUAUCUUGGUGACGCGUGGAGAGAUGCAGGGCGGUGAUGUCACGCAGGUCACGAUGGGUGCAGUCUGCCUUACGGGCCAGGAGAAGUUUCAGCAGGCGAUGGUUGCCGGCUUGGGCGGCUAAAUGUAGCGCCGUGCGGCCACUCCUGUCACAACGAUUGACCUGGGCGCCGUGCCGCAACAGAGCCUCUGCGCACGCUUUGCGGUCCCCCAACACACUGUACAUCAACGGCGUCCUCCCUAACUGGUCCUCCUGGUCUAUCAGGCCUGAAUUGGAGCCUAUGAGGCGCAGUAAUGUCGCCUUGUCUCCUGUCACUGCUGCUGCAUGGACAGGGGAGGCCAGAGAGGAGCCCUGGGGGAGAAAGUUCACAGCAGUCUGCAUUUUAAAGGUCUUCCUGCACAGUCCCUGGGACCACCAGGUCCAAGACCCCCACAGGGCCACAGCCAAUAGCAGCCAGCUCCUUCAUAG